UAUUUGUUGUCUAUUGAGAGGUUUGAAGCGGGUAAGCGACGGGCAAAACCGCUCUUCGGAGCAUAAGGGCGCUCCUCACUCAACCCUUCUCGCAUCUCUGCGUCUCCUAAUCGAAAACAAAUAAACAAGAGGAGGUGCGAAAUAGGUGAGAGAGCAUAGAGAAGGUGUCGCUCCCUCGUCUCAGCUUCGGUUCCUCGGCUCCUCAUCACAGGAGCAACAUCUGCCGUUCUGCCUCCAAUGUGACCAAAACGAGUAUGGCCGGUGGCUGUUUUGAAACUUGGACCGAGGAGGUCCCGCGUUGCGUUGCAGAGAAAGCGAGAUCAACAAGGAGCCUGGUUGCGGGGCUUUCAGUCAAUAGCUGCCUCUCCCUUGCAAUACUGCUCAAGGUAAACAAGGGCGAGGUGCAGCCAGGAUCUUGUGUGGCAAAAAGGACUCCCCCUCCUUGUCUUCAAACCAUCAUCGGCGCUGAAAAUCAACCUACGAUGAGAAUCGUGUCCCGUCUCAUGAUCGGGGCCUCUUUCAUCUGCGUUCUCUCGCACUUCUUCUUCAUCGCGGCCCUUGGUGCUGAUGAUCGACGUUCCGGCAAGCAGCCCAUGCCCUCGUCGUCGUCAGAAGAGAGGCGUCUGUCACUGCAGUCGGCCCCCCGGCCAUUGCGCACACCAUCCAUGUGGCCGCCACCACCUACCACCCGCCGUCACCCCGUGCAUUCAAUGCCCUUACCGCCUUCCCGACCAGAAGAAAGAUCAGCGGAUCAACUGCCAGUAGCAGAAUCGGAAAACUUGCCGAAAUAUGCAAGCCGCUUGGAAGCCCUCAAGACAACGCUUGUGGGUACGGGAGAAGCGAUAGAUAAGCUGAAAGAGGAAAGGCCGUCGCUCGCGAGAGACCAAGAAAUGGACGCGUUGAGACUUUGUAUGGACGCCAUGAUCGUCGAGGCAAAGGUCUUGGAGGACGGUUUGCACAAAGUGGAGAAGGAGGGUUUCCCAAAGUCGGAGCCGUAGGGAGCAGAUCUGGCGCAACUCCGUCGGUGGCCACCAGCGGUCACCUGCUUGCGUUGCGCUUUUACACCUGUGGGUCGUCUUCUUGAGUAGUUCUCUUGUAACGAAAAGUGAUUGAGGGUAAAUGAGAACGAAGCUGGAAAAUCAAGAAUUAAGAAAUGAUUUUGGCUCAGACGGAAGAGGUCAAAUGCGCCCAG